UCAAAGCCGAAACAAACAGCCAUAAAACCCCUGCGCGCCCAAGCGCGGCGGCGGCAAUGGCCUCCACGGCCUGCCUUUGGCUCCCCUUCCUCCCCGCCCGAGCCCGCUCCGCCAACCCGGCCUCCACCGCCACCGCCUCCUCGUCCCCCCGCCGCCCCUCCCUCAAAUGCAGCGCCGCCAACGCCAACGCCAACGGCAACUCCAACUCCGUCUCCAUCUCUCCCGCCUCGCCGCGGGCGACGGUGGCGGACAGCGUCGAGCCCGUGGACAUUAAUGAACUGCGCCGCCCUCCUGCGCCUGUCUCCAUCUCCACCGUCCCCGCCGCCCGUGAUCCCCGCUGGCUGCCUCGGCCGCUCACUAGUGCGGGCAUGAUGGAGGAGGGGCUCAAGGUUGCUUACCAGGGUUUCCCUGGAGCGUACAGCGAGGCGGCGGCAAAGAAGGCCUACCCGAAUUGCCAGACGGUGCCCUUUUCGGAUGACGGACAUCAAAUUGGAAAGGCUGUUCAAAACUGGGUAGCUGAUAGGGCAGUGCUGCCACUUGAGAAUACAUUGGGAGGUAGCAUACAUCGGAACUAUGACCUUUUGCUUCAGCAUAGGUUGCACAUUGUUGGAGAGGUUCGCCUUGCAGUUCGUCAUUGCCUGUUAGCCAAUCCUGGCGUGAAGAUAGAAAACCUGAAAAGUGCCAUGAGUCAUCCCCAGGCCCUUGCACAAUGUGAGCACACAUUGACAGAGUUAGGAAUUGAACACAGAGAAGCUGUUGAUGACACUGCUGUUGCAGCAAAGUUCAUUGCAGAGCAAAUCCUCCAAGACACAGGUGCUAUUGCUAGUUCAUUGGCUGCUGAACUGUAUGGAUUGGAGGUUCUUGGUGAAAAUAUUCAGGAUGACAAAGAUAAUGUCACCCGCUUUAUGAUGCUGGCUCGAGAAUCCAUCAUACCUUGCACUGAUAAACCAUUCAAGACUAGCAUAGUCUUUUCACUUGAAGAAGGACCUGGACAGCUCUUUAAGGCACUUGCUGUUUUCGCACUGAGGGAAAUUAAUCUCACAAAGAUUGAAAGUCGUCCACACAAGAAAAGACCUCUUCGUGUAGCUGACGGCUGUUCCUCACCCUUAAAGCACUUCGAUUACCUCUUCUAUGUCGACCUUGAGGCAUCGACGGCUGAUCCAAAAACUCAGAACGCUCUUGUAAAUUUAAAGGAGUUUGCAACCUUUUUACAAGUCCUGGGAAGCUAUCCUACAGACAUGAGCGAACCUUAAAUAGCAAGUUAGCAAGUACUUCUGCAAAUCACAUGCUGGAUUAGCAGGAAUGGGUUGGAUAUGGGCAGUUGUUUUCAGAGGCAGUUGACAAUUCAGCAACAACUAUUAAGCUGAUGCUAAUUUUUACAGAGCAAAAUAAGCAUAUCUACAUUAGAACAGUAGGGAAGCUGCAUGCGAUUCAGGCAUUUGGUUAUAAUCUUGGGAAGAAAAUCACAUCUUUUGUGGUGAUGUUCUUAUAUGGAAGGAGGAUACCUGAAAGAGCAGUCUUCCUUUAUCUCCAGUUAUGCAGGAGCUUGUUAAAAAACAUAUAGAGAUCAAAGGGUUGAAUAUUUGGUCGUUAAAAACGGUUAUAGUAGAAUAAUUUUGUUUGUUAUUAGUGAUUGGUUCCUUCGAUCA